GCUAUUGUAAAAAUAGGUUUCAUAACAGGAUUUUAUUUUUAUCUUUACUUUUUAAGAUCCUAACAUUUGAAUCGCAGUUUUUCUUUGAUGUGAUUACAAAAUUCAAUUCUUUUUUUAUUAUUUUCGGACUAAAGUUACUUAAUUUUAACCACUUCCAUUAUAUUUUUCGAACACUAAUCCCAGUCCCCAAACAAUGUUUACCUAUUACUUUAGCAGUAAUCCUAAUUCUUACUAAAUACAUUCACGUAAUACAAUCAGACAUUUUUACGGCAACUCAUUAUACAAAUCACAAGAAUUUCUUUGAGAGUCUACUGUUACCAAUUACAAAGUUGUACGCAGUGUAUCGCAUCCUCAGGGCAAAGUGACGUAUACGUCAGUCCGCUCCCGUUCGCUCCCUAUUCAGUACCACGCAGCCUCUUGCCGAGGUAACAUCGUUCCGCGGUAGUUCUUCAACCCCCCCUCUAUAAUUAUUUGCCUCGUUCGACCGAACAUUGUCGUGUGGAGUGCAGUGUGUUAUCGUGGUAGUGCUCUUCUAUAUUAUGGCAGCCUGGUAGCUAUUGGACUUAUGGGUUUAUAUGAAAAAUGUAAUCGGCGAGCGUGAUGCGUCCACGCCUGUGAUGUCUCUAAUAUGCAGUGGGACGGACUCUACUUCGUGUUUCUAGCGUUAUGCUGCCUUCACACUGCAUCUGAACCGUUGCGCUUUCCUGAAGAUUAUCGAACAAAUGUUGUCCGAAGACGCCGAAGCGAUGAGAAGGACAGUCUCGCGCUGUCCAGAGAGAUAUUCAAAAACAUCACGAAGCAACUCCGCGAAAAUAUCAAGCGUGAAGGGGCAACUGACAGAAACGAUCAUUUGUUACAGAAUAAGGUAGAAGAGCCACGGCCUUAUGUCCCGUACCAGAGUUAUCAUGAUCACCAUCAUGAGCACCACUGGGGACCAUACUUCGAAGAGGAGAAAUACACGCAAGUGACGGCCCAUGUGGGCGCCGAAGCCUUGCUCAAUUGUAGAGUCGUCAUGCUCAAGGAUAAGACGGUGAUGUGGUUGCGGAAUACGACGGAGUCAGCGCAACUGCUCACCGUCGGUCCAGCGUUAUACGCCGGCGACAAUAGGAUAGCAGUAAAGUUCCAAUACCCGAACAACUGGAGGCUCAGUAUGAAUCCAGUGAAGUUCUCAGACGCUGGCCACUACAUGUGCCAAAUAUCCACACAUCCCCCCAGAACAAUAUUCACGAACCUCACUGUUCUACCUCCCGUAAUAUCCAUCAACGGCGACGAGACUCACGAUGUCAAAGAUAGAUUUUACAAAGCGGGUAGCGCUAUAAAGUUAUCUUGUAUCAUAUCAGAGCAAUUCGAGUCAUCUAUACCUACAAAAACUCCACUAACAACACCUUUGCCUGCAACCACAUUAGCACCAACUACAACAACUGAAUUAACAACAAAAAUGAGUACAAUAUUCAAUAGAAUAGAUUUAAUGAUGAAUAAGAGUUGGAGUGUAGAAACUACAACGGUUACAACUACAGUUAGUGUUAGUACUACUAAGAGAGUGCCGGUGACUACGACUGAGUUAACAACGCUUAAGCCCACAACGCCCCCGGUAGAGAAUAAUAUUUAUGGAAUCGUUUGGAAGAAACAAGGGAAGGAGUUCACUGAGAAUGUCACUUGGAGGAAUACAAGUGCUACAAUCAGCGUAGCGUCAGCAUCACAAAACGACAGUGGGACCUACACAUGUCACUUACAAAAUCACUCUCAAGUCACAAUAAAUGUACAUGUAUUGAUCGGCGAGAAUCAGGCUGCAGUUCAACACAACACUGGGAACAAAGGGACACUUUUCUGGCAACCCCGAGACUUGACUUUGGUGUCUCUUGUUACUCUUCUUUUGUUUUACCCCUGAUCGUUGAAAAAGUUUUUAAUUAUGAUAUCAAACGAUUUCUCGUGAGUCGCGAACUGAGCACAGUUUGCGUCGAGGUAAAACAAAUGAAAGCCUGGUUCCAACUAUAUUGCCUUUCAGGCUUUCGUAGUGUUUGCUGAUAUCGAAACUAUAAGAUAUUUUUACAGAAUCCAAUGUACUUAUAGACAUCUUUUCACGUUAUUAGUAAAAGGAAGAGAGCGAGGAGAGGUGAUGUAAACUAAUGUACAUAAAGACGUAGGUUUACAAUUAGCUGAAAACUGUCUGUAAAAAUAUUUACAUGUAACAAAACGAUAUCUUUGACCAUGAAUUAUUAGAAUUAUUUUAACAUAAAUGCCAUGAAAAAUUAGCUUAGAAAAAUAAACGAUCUUUUGAAUCUGUUGUAAAAAAUGAAUAAAGAAAGUUGAUUCGUUUUUAAUCUGGUACUUAAUUACUUUGUUAUAUACGCCGAUGCAAAAAAUACGAGUGAUAUAUUAAAAUUUGACGUUUCAAGACAACGCAUAAAAUGCUCAUAAAAAUAUUGCUUUUUAUGCAAGUUCUAUCAAAAAUGUGAU